CAUCGCACCAAUCUCCACAAUCAGUGACCGGCAAGCGUCGGGAAGUCCGUUAGCGUCGAACGCUCGACAAUUUGGUUACGCUUAUUUAGUUACACGCGAGCUACACGUGUUCGCGGCCGUUAUACGAUGACUGUCGUGAACAAAUGUUUUAUAAUUCCACAAGUUCGCACUUAAUUUUUUUUAACUAAUUUUUAAUGAUCAUUUUUUAUUAUUGUGACGCGUGCCGUUCUGAAUAGACGGUCAACUUUACUAUGUGACGUGCCAUUAAAAAAAUUUUGAGGACAAAUUGUCGUACCUUGAAAGAUCUCUAAAAUGUACCGAUGUCGAACAAUCAAAACCAACAGAAAUACUCGAUCGUCGAAAAUCAAAAAUUGUCACCACAGAUUGGAAGAACGACAGUAUUGUUGGAGUUGCAGUAGUCGUUUAAGUCCUCGAUGUGGCCAACGGUUGAGCAGGCGUUUAGCCCGCUCUAUUUCAGUUCCUUCGAGGAAUAUCCAUCGACCUGUGCCAUUUUGUAGAUCUAAGUCAGUCCCACGCCCCAAAUCAGAUUCCAAGAUGCCUAUGAAUUUUGAAAAUUCUUCAAUCAAAACUUGUUUCUCUCUAUCGUCACUUCACCCCUCUACAGCACAUGUAGAGGCAGGGCAGCAAGUGAAUCAACGAGCCUACAACAGUCUCACUAAAAAAAACAAAAAAAAUAAUACUUCAUAUCAAGAUUGUUGGAGAGGUGAUAGUAGUUUCGAGUUUUUGUCCAGUCUUAGAACUAGUUAUCAGUAUCUGAUGGAUAAUAAUUUAAUCGAAAGCUGCAGAGAGGUUAAAUGUGACCUUAAUAAUACUUCAACCACUCAAGAAUGUAAUGUUGAACGGUUAAAUAUUUAUAUCAAGGAAUUAGAGAAGUGUUUCUGUUCUAGUUCAUCAGUUAAAAAUGACUGUUCUUUCACAGAAAAUAUGUUAUCACCCAAAAGACUGAGUAUGAACGAAGAAGUUUGUAGUAGACUGAACAUUUUGCGCCAUAUAGCGCAGUUAUCCAAAAGACUGCCGAACUUUCGGGAACCUUCAAUCAAUCAAAGUCGCUCUUCCAUUUAUAAUGCACAAUAUUUAGAAGUGGAAAAUAAUUUACGAACAUUAGAUCAAUGGAUGAUUCAAAUGGAAGGACGAUUGAAACCAAACUAUUUUCGUGUAAAUUGGAAUCGACGUGAAAUAAGUCAAAAAGCAGAAGAACACAAAACCAUACACAAUGACAUCGAAUCGAAAGGCAAAUGCAUCCGUUUGGUAUUAAAAUAUUGUAAAUGGUUAUCAGAUGAACAUCAGUUUGCGAGUAAUCAAGAAGUAGUACAAGCUGUACCUUCGUUAACUGAAAAGGCUAAAAAUUUUGAAAACCGCUGGCAAUUGCUGUAUAUCAGAUCAUUGGAGUGGAUUUGCUUUAUCGAAAAUUUAUCAGUCAAGAAAUGCCGCAAGCAGGACAGUAAAAGCUCUUCAGAUUAUGAUGAAGAACCUGUCCAAAAAUGCCCUCGAAUGAAUGAAGAUCAAAUUCAACAUAAAUUAACGAACAAUACAAUGGAAACUGGAUUUUCGCCGAUACCUGUUCUUCAUUCAGAACGAAUGUCAUUUGACGAAACGGCCAAUUUUCAUAGGUCGGAUAGAAAAGGUCCAAAUUUGGCCACGUUCUAUUAUAGACAUCUGGACACUGAUUCUGAACAAGAAAAUAAGAAUGUACAAUCUUCUACUAAAACUGAUGAGAAAACAUCAGAACGUUCGGAUGAUGACGAAGAAGAAUGGACUUAUAGCUCAAGAACAAAUAAUGAAGUUAAAAAAACAGAAUGUCACAUUUCGUUAGCAGAGCCCGCUAAUUUGGAAGAAAUCAAAUCAUUGGUAGAUAAUGUAAACUGGACAGUUCCAAAAUCGAAGUAUCAAGAUAAGAAUUGGAUAUCUGGUAGUGGAAUUAAAAGAAGACAUUUCAGAAAUGAAAAUAUUGAUCCUGAAAACGGAGAGCGUAUUGGCGACAGUUGUGAUGCUAGUGGGGAAUACACUACAGAGGACGAUGAUCAACAUUUCAGUUCAGAUAAUUAUUCACAUUCUUCGCGUUCAUGCGAUAUAACUGUGGUACAAUCUAACGAUCUUGAAUCCCCUUCUAGCCUGGCGCAAUUGAAAUUUUGUAAUUCGCCCAAAGUUAUCCUUAGGCCUAAAACUAGUUCCAGAAAUGCUCUUAGACCGGUAAGUAUGUCUGGACUUCCUCAAAGUACACCAAAAGCUAGGCUUCUCACUGACUCGUGCCAGUUAUCAGUUUCUGAAUCGGCUUUAAAUAGUCUUUCUCAUGAACAUAUGUCUGUUAACGGUCGUGAUUCUUCUACAAUCGAAGAGUCGACCGCUACUCAGACACAAGAUGGUUUAGGACCUUACAACACAAAUUCUUUGAGGAGACGCAAGUUAAAACAUAGAAGACGAAGUACCAUGGAAAGAAAAAGUAAGAGUGGAUCGGCCGACAGUUUAUCAUCUGUUGUGAACACUGUAACGUACAAUGAUAUGGUGAACUCUGUGUCAUUUUCAAGUUCUCUGUGCGGAAUUUCGGUUAUUGAACCUCAUCGAAUAGAUUCUGAAACGGAAGAAGAAAAUGUCAUUGAGUCGAAACGUCCCGUUGUACGUAAACGCCCUAUUAAAAUGCCAGUGUUUCGUUUAGGAGAGUUUGGCGCGGUUACCCCUAGAGAAAAACGUUUCACACCUAUUUCUCAAAUACCAUCGGGUACGACCACAGAUUUUAGCUCCUUUUCUGAACAAGCUUGGGAUAGUUAUCAGGAGAAAUACUUAAGCGAGCCAUAUAGUGAAGACCCACCCGAUCCAGAAUCAGUGAGGCGUUUAUUGGAUUUUGGCGAUGACUAUAGAAAGUAUAUCGACAGUCAAUCAGACUGCGCUUCAAGUAUCGGUAGACCAGGAUUUAUCGAUGAUGAUACUUUCGAACAAGAAUCGUCUGAAUCUGUACGCAAAUUAAUCGUUAAGAGUAGGUUACAACUGAAUUAUCUGGAACAAGUACUGUUCAAAUUGAUCAAUUGUACCAACUCAAGUCUUACACUGAAAGAUAUUGGACAAUUAAAACAGUGGUGUAGAGAAACUGAGUACUGCCUUCGAUUUUGCUUAGAAGGAAUUGAUAACAAUAAUACUGUAAUUUCAGCAAAUGACAUAACAGAACUUGAAGACAUGGUAAAAAAAUGUGAACGAAUUGAAUUAGACAUAUCCAAACAAGAAGAGUUCCAUUUAUUAAAGACCGACAUUGGAGUGAUAAGGAACCGUUUAUCAGCAUUCACUCACAAUGAUCGACUUGAUACCAAUGUCAAGAAUAAAAAUGAAUUAAAAGUUUUUAUUCUAUCUGCUAAGACUGAACUAUCAAAUUUAGAGACUUAUUGGAAGGAUCGCAAUAUAGUUCAAAUAUCAGAAAAAAUAAAUAGACAUUUAAAUGAAUGUUCUGAUAAUAAGGCUUUAUAUUAUGAAAUGUCCAAAAAUGUAUCAGAACUUUAUUCUAUUUAUACAAGUUCUAAGAAAAAAUUAGAAGAUGAAAUAUCAAGAUAUCAAACUGCUUUAGAUACUUGGACAGAAUGUGAUCGCCAACUAAUGGAAUUAGAAAUGAAGUUUAAAGGAUUUUUUUAUGACGGAAACAUACCAAAAACAGGAGGUUUUGGAUCAGCAUCUGAUAGUGGCUUGUCUGAUUCUGGAUCAGAACAUGAACUAAAUGAACAUGAAAAACGAUUAGUAAAUCUUAAACAAUUAGCUAGUAAUUUAAUGAAUAUUAUAACACCUGAAAGCGAAGCACUUUCAACCAUUUUAUCUAGAAUUGAAAAUAAUGAAAUGCAACUCAAAGAACUUCAACAAACUUGCAAAGAUAUUAUGGGAAAAUCUAAAGUUCAAAACCAAGAAGACCUAGUUGAUUAUGAGAAAAAUAUUACUACAACAAGUGUUGAAUGCCCUAAGGAGAACAAGUCACCUUUGGAAAAAUUUAAAGGCAACACAGUGUUAUGGCGAACACUACGUAUUGCUGUACCGUUCUAUUUGGCUAUUGUGAUACUGUGUUCCCUUGGUUGGCUAGAGCCACAGUGUUGUGAACUACAAAAUAACUACAGAUGGUCCUUUGCACUAGGUUUACGUUAUUUAAAUGGUCCACCGCCAACGUGAACUGCUAAUUUAAAUAUUUUAUACCUUUAAUUAUUUUUUCUGUUUUAAUGUACAUAAAAAAAUUUAUUGUUAUUCAUUUUUGUUAACCGUUUAUUUUUGUUGGUGUGCAUCAUGAGGGACUAAGAUAUCUGUAACCAUUAUUUUUCGUCAUAGCUACCCUUUCCCCGCCUACUUAUUAAGAAAGUCAACAUUCCUAACACUUUUAGUAAUUUUAAUUUAUAUCUGUUUGGAUACAUUUUUUUUUCUUUUUUGAGUAUUUUUGUAUUUUAAAUAUGUUAGCUUAUAAUUAUGAAUGAAAUAAUUUUGAUGACUAAAAUGUAAAAAAUUUCUGUUUUAUUUAAAAGCUUUAUGUAUACAUCUUUACUUUUGAACAUUUGAAAAACAAAUUUUUAAGUUCUUGUUAUUUUUUAAUCUAGAUAGUCUAUUUAUAUAAUUAUGACUUGAGUGUAUUAUAAUGAGAUUUUAAAGCAAUUUCUAUUUCAAAAAUAUUUAUUAUUUCAUUUAAAAUAUAAUUCAACAUUUUUCUUUAAAUUUGUGUUUACAAAAAAUGUAUUCUUCUGUUCUACAAUUAUAUUAAAUUAAAAUUUGUUAUUUUUUAAUAUAAAAAAAUAUCGUUGACUAUGUUACCACUUGAAAACAUUAUCCAAAGUACACAAGUACAAAAAAAUUUAUUUAUUUAAAAUAAACUCCUUUUUUAUUUGUUAGGAAGGUAUGUCUUCCAUAAAAGGUGCAUUUGUAUACAUGUGUAAAUG